AUGCAGCUAGACGGCGCCGCGGCGGUGGCUGUUGUAGGCGCCGCCAACACCAACAGCAACGACGGCGCGAACAAGAAAAACAUCAACAACCCAUUUGAGCGCCUGCAGCCGCCGUUGCGUAGCGAGGAGGACGAAAUACGGAAAGGCAUUUUCGCUCGGGCACUGCGGCUGCUGCACACUGCCACAGACGAGGUUAAGUUGCGCUGGCGACAUGCCAUCGAGGAGGCCGCUGCUGCACGGCAGUACAGAACGUGCAGGCAUAAAAAGCCGGCACUCGUGGCGGAGGAGUUUUGUGAGCCCACUCCGCUCGUUGCAUCUGCCGCAGUGAAACGCCCCCGUGACGAUGCGAAGGAGGGGGCAGUUGAAGCGGAGAAUGGAAAGGGGACAAAAAACGCAGACGAAGGCGAGAGUGGCGAGCUUCGCCCAGUUGCUGAGACAGGCACGGAACAUUCUGGCCCCCACACCGGUGCCGAGGUAUCAGAGGUGGACAACACAGAGUUCAUUGCGGCAUAUCUCCGUACCUUACUUGAUAAAGUUGUGGGCCUUAGCCUCCUUGAGCUCCACGUUGAGGCUCUACGGGUGUUGUGCGUCAUGCUGGAUAUUCCGCUCCCCAAGAGCCGCAGCAAGAUGGCGCUCUAUAGCACUCUCGCCAGCUUCCACUACACGCACUGCGAGAAGCUUGGCAAACGUGUCUCGAGCUCUCACAUUGUGCAGGCGCAGCUUAAGCGCGACGAACAGAUGAUUCAGAAACUGCUUUCAAGGGGUUCCACAUCUCAGGCAACCUCAGCUGCAGGAAGAAGCAGGGCGGUAGGGGCGGCAACAACUGCAGCGACGCCGCCAGGCCCCACAGGCGCAACUAAUACCGCCGUGCUCAGCAGCAACACGAGUAGGGGCAAUCACAGGAAGAACACUCGUACCAUGCUAACUGCUGUGGACGGCAAUGUCUCCUCUAUGGACGACACUCCGCGGAUUCCGCGACGCACGUCCGCUUCGGAUACAGCUGCGAAAGUGCGAACCAAAACUCCCAUGGAGGGGGAGGAAGGCGCACCAGCGGAGGUAGAGGGAGAAGCAGAGUUGGAAGUGCGGCACAAUGACAAGGUUUUCGCUGCUGCAGCCGUCGUCCACCAGGCGGUGGCCGCAUCGCGGCUUAAUAAUAGUAAUGAGGAGGAUGAGGAGGAUGAGGAGUGGACAAUGAUGCAGCUGGAGAAGAAGGUGGCGUCGGUGGUUCAGCUAUACGACCCUGUGACGUCUGUUGUGGUGGUGAAGAAGUUGGCCCAGAUGGGAUACCGCAAACCGUCUGCCAUGGAGACCGUAGAGGCAAUCCUACGCAGCUUCCAUCAGCGUGAGCUUGUGUUCUACGACAACGGCAUUGCGUAUCUCCUCUAG